GAAGCCCAGCGCAUUGUGGGAAACGCCCGGGCUCGACGGUGCCGCCAUUUUGUCUCUGUCACUCUCGGAGCGGCGCGGCUGCAUCGUUUUAUAAGGGAGUGGAAGUGGUCGAGGCGGUAAUAAUUGAGUCGUCGGCGGAGAGGGCACCAUGAUUUCGGCAGCCCAGCUUUUGGACGAGCUUAUGGGCCGGGACAGAAACCUCGCCCCAGAUGAAAAGCGCAGUAACGUGCGGUGGGACCACGAAAGCGUUUGUAAAUACUACCUGUGUGGAUUUUGUCCAGCUGAAUUAUUCACAAAUACUCGUUCUGACUUAGGUCCAUGUGAAAAGAUUCAUGAUGAAAACCUAAGAAAACAAUACAUUUUGGACAUUGAUAGGUAUGAGAAGAGUUCUCGAUUCAUGAAAGUAGGCUAUGAAAGAGAGUUCCUCCGCUAUUUACAAAGCUUGCUUGCUGAAGUUGAGCGUCGGAUUAGAAGAGGCCAUGCCCGUUUAGCAUUAUCUCAAACUCAGCAGUCCUCUGGUCAGGCAGCAGGACCUACUGGCAAAAAUGAAGAAAAGAUUCAAGUCUUAACUGAUAAAAUUGAUGUACUUCUGCAACAGAUUGAAGAACUAGGUUCUGAAGGAAAAGUAGAGGAAGCUCAAGGCAUGAUGAAACUUGUUGAACAGUUAAAAGAGGAGAGAGAACUGCUCAGAUCUACAACUUCAACCAUUGAAAGUUUUGCAGCCCAGGAAAAACAAAUGGAAGUUUGUGAAGUCUGUGGAGCCUUUUUAAUUGUAGGAGAUGCACAGUCCAGAGUCGAUGAUCACUUGAUGGGGAAACAGCAUAUGGGCUAUGCUAAAAUUAAAGCUACAGUAGAAGAAUUAAAAGAAAAAUUAAGAAAAAGAACUGAAGAGCCUGAACGCGAUGAUCGAUUAAAAAAAGAGAAAUUAGAACGAGAAGAGCGAGAGAGGGAACGUGAAAGGGAAGAAAAAGAAAGAAAGCGACGACGUGAGGAAGAAGAAAAGGAAAAAGAGAGGGCUCGUGAUAGAGAAAGACGAAAAAGAAGCAGAUCACGAAGCAGACAUUCAAGCAGAACUUCUGACAGGAGAGCUAGUCGGUCAAGGGACCAUAAACGGUCAAGAAGCAAGGACAGAAGACGAAGCAGAAGUCGGGAUCGACGCAGAAGCAGAAGCCAUGAUAGGUCAGAUAGAAAACACAGAUCACGCAGCAGAGAUAGAAGACGGUCAAAAAGCCGAGAACGGAAAUCGUACAAGCACAGAAGCAAAAGCAGAGAACGAGAACAAGAAAGGAAAUCCAAGGAAAAAGAAAAGAGGGGAUCUGAUGAUAAAAAAAGUAGUGUGAAGUCCAGUAGUCGAGAAAAACAGAGUGAAGACACAAGCAUGGACUCCAAGGAAGGCGAUGCUAAGAAUGAGGUCAAUGGGACCAAUGAAGACAUUAAAUCUGAAGGUGACACUCAGUCCAAUUAAAACUGAUCUGAUAUGACCUCAGAUCAGACAGAGGUAAGUGCAUUAUUUCAAACUUUGAUUAGGGCUUUUUGUUACUGUUUAACAGUGCAGCGUAAGUAUGUACAGAUGAAGAUGGAUCUAAGACAAGUAAGAAGAGAUACUAAAGCAACUUCUGAAGGAAAACACAGUGUAGUCCUGCAAAAUCUUUUGAGGUACAUUGUUUUGUAUCGGCUAUUUUGUAGCAGAUUCAUAUCCCCUUUAGUGUGCCUCUUGGGAACCUAUUUGUAAUUAUAGUCACCAUAGAAUUUAAUUAUCCUAUUUUUAUUUUUAGGGGAUGUUAUCUUUUUUAACACUUGAUCUGAUUUUGUAAUUAAGUCCAUAUUGUGUUCGUGCGUCAGAAACAUUUGCUUUAAUACUUAAUAUUUGAGGCACAUAUUGGACUAUUUUGUUUUUAUAUAAACUGCGAGUAUUUAUUUGUCAAGGAUGUUUCUAGUUUUUUUGCUUUGCCUUGCAUUCUAAUGCAGUUUGUUCUGUAACUCGAGAGCCAGUAGCAUUGGAUUGAUGGAAGUGUAGGGUUUAUGAAUAAUUGCAGCUGACUACCAUACCUCACACAGCGUUGGUGUUGUGAGCGGCCCAUGAAAAGCCAAAUUAAAAAUCAAGGAUUCAGUCAAACUAAGCAGGUACUCAUGCCAGGUACUCCUUUCUCUACCCACAUCCAUGUUUGAAUGCUGUUGCCUGUAAUCUUUACGCUUACUGUUGUGUGUUUUAUUUACAAAAAGUGAAAAGGAAUUUUGUGAAUAUUUCGUGAAAAUCGUUAACCUGAUAUUAACUUGAUUGGCAUUUUCUUUCAACUGUGUGUAGGGAUGCACUGCUGCCCAGAAUUAGGUAUCUUUAAAGAGCAUUAAAUGCAAUAAAUACUACAUUAUAACCGCCUUGUUACAUUCAAUGCAUUUCAAGUCUUUAAGAGGUAUGUGUUUAUAAUUUCCUACUGCGUAGGAGAAUUGCCAGGCAGCCAUGGCACACAGCAAUAUAUUAUUGGCUGAUACCAGACUUGGGAGGCAAAUGAAAUAAAGGCCAUUUCAUGAACACUCAAUAGGUAUAUAUAACUGGCAAGAAUAUUCACAUUGCUUUGUUAAAUGGCACUCGAUUUAAAUAUAAAUCACCUAUUCUCAGCUUGGGCUUUUUCAGGGUCAUUCCUUUUAAAGAAUAGACCCAAAUAAAAGAAGCAGCCAAGCAUUCACUUCCUCUACAACAUAGCUUCAGCACAUCUAAGAACAGCUUACAAUUACAAAGCGGACCUAUGUAUGUUUACACAGAAGUAAAUUCCAUUGUGUUUUAUGGGUCUUACUCCUAAAUAAGCAUGCAUAGGUUUGUAAACUUAAGAGGUACAGUCCUCCUGGCACUGACGUUCAGUAUCUAGUCAUACUUGCACCUGAACCUCCGUGGAAUUACAUGAAGCUUCCCAACAGCACUGAUUGGUGAAUUAUGCUAUCAUUUUGUUCUUUUCCGUCACUUAGGGGCUUUAAGUGUAUUAUGAGAUUUUUGAAGGUAGAGCGGGCAGCAAAUAGACAGUAGGAGUGGCAAAACAAAGGUCACCUCUGCUCACAUGAUCUGACUCUCUCUUCCCAACAUUUUUGCAUUAUAGGAGAACCAUGUGACAAGCCUGCGAAGAAUCCUGAAGACUGCUUAAUAUGAAGAUCUGCUUUAAAAUGAGGUGAAAGAAAGCUGUAGUGGCAUAGAAAAAAAUUAAAGUUCUGUUAGAUUGUUUUUUUAAUUAAAA